UUGAAUACUUUUCACUUUUCUCAAACUACUCUGAACAAAAUAUAUGUGUAUGGAAUGCAGUCUCUUUUUUAAAUUUGAUGGAGACUUGAGAAGCAAUCUGGAGCACAAACACAAUUUUAAAAAUAAUAUAGUAUAUUUACAGUUUCCAAGUCUUGAUGAAUUCAACCAAUGGCUUUCUGAAGAACAAUGUCCAGAAUAUACGAAAUUCUUGGAAAAAAGUUCGAAGCAAUUAUGAACAUGUUUAUUUUGAAUGCAAACGCUUCUACAAGAAACAAAAUUUAGUAUCAUUUCAAAAUCGGAAACGAAACCUAAAGUCACAAGGAUCUUGCAAGUUAAAUAAAUCAUGUGUUAGCCAAAUUGUCGUCAAAAGAAACCUUGAGUCAGACCAUUGUGAUAUUACAUAUUAUAAAUCACAUUAUUAGAGUUCAUACCACAAUGAAAAUUUAGUGGUCCAAAAGGACCACCUAAGUUAUGAGGUAUGAUUUUGGCAACAUUUCUUGAUGAUGUGGCGACAAUUGUCGCUAUGUCGCCAUGCUGGCGUGAACCCUACACAUUAUUUACAUGGAUCAGAUGAAAUACAACAUUUACAAAUUCCAAAAAGUGAUAAGCAGAUGAUUGCUUUCAAACUAAUUUUAGGGUUUCUAUCUAAAGGGAUACUACAGAAAGUGCGAGCAAACAUAGGUGAAUACCUAAAGAGGAAUGAUCUCCUUACAAGUACUGACAUAAGAAAUAUUCAGCGGGCAUAUAAUAUAGAUCUGAAAGAUGGAUUAUACCACAAAGAUGAUGCGACUAGUGUUAAUAUUUGGGUCAAACAAUGUGCCGAAGCUAAGGAUAAUCCAGAAAAGAGUUUGGGAGUCAAGUUAUCACAAUAAAUGAAACACAUGAGCUUAAUGCCUAUGACUUUGAACUUACGACUUUGUUGACAUUAGAUGAGUUUAGACAGGGUUAUCCAGUUGCUUUUA